AUGUGGGCGGUGCAGGCGCGUGCAUGGCGCGGUGAUGGCGGUGGCGGGCGCCCCAUGAGCCGGCUGCUGUGCUGUCUGCGCGCGCGCCAAGCCGACAUGGGCGCCGCGCUCUCGCACCCACAGGAGGGCGAGGCGUGUGACGGCGUGCCGGCCGCGCCUCCCACUAUGGCUGACGUCAUACGAGAGAGAAAGAAGAAAGCAGCCGGCUCUGGAUUGGGCACGUUGCGGCGUCGGAUAGCGCUCGUCCGAAGGCCGCGCGACAACCGCCCUGACAGAGGAUGUGAGCACGCUCGCUUCAUUCGGUCGGUGGUGUCGUCGUGGCGUUUGGCCGAGGUGUUCCUGCUGUGCGAGGAGCUGGAGGCUGGCGCUGCCUUGAGGGACCUGGCCACGCAGGCCGACUUGGCGCGGGAGCCGGCUAGGGCGCUACACGCCGACCUAGCUGCUGCUUACAAAGACAGAUGGUGGUGUGACGUGGAGCUGGUGGGGAACGGCUGGUCGUUAGGUGCUCACCGCGCUAUACUGGCCGCGCGGUGUACCUAUUUCCGUGAGCUGCUGCAGCGGUACCCUCCGUCGUCGGUGCGCGUGCCGCUGGAGGGCGCGGGCGGGGGGCUGUCGCGCGCGGAGCUGGAGGCGGCCGUGCUGGCGCUGUACGCCGGCGCGCCCCAGGAGCCGCGCCCGCGCUGCGACCUCUGCCACAAGUGGGACCGCAACCUGGCUGCCGACGGUGACCUGGACAUCAUCAAUGUGGAUGGAAAUAACUCAUGGCGCGGGACGUGGUGUGGGUGCGGGCGCUCCAGACCUGACGCAGGAACCCUGCGGCGCCUCGCCGCUCUACUGGGCUUCUCGCUGGACUCUCUGCACCACGACAUGCGCUACCUGCUCGACUCUGGUGAAAUGGCAGACGCUCGUCUAGUAUUCCGCCUGGAGGGGGGGUGCGGAGCCGCGUACGGAUUCCGCACGGCUCUGGAGUUGCCCUGCCACAGACUGAUAUUGGCUGCCAGGUCCAGGUUUUUUAGGAGCGUAAUGUCCCGGCGCAGCAGCACGGCGGGCGGGGCGGCGGGGCCGGGCGGCGGGGCGGGCGCCGUGUGCGUGGACGAGAAGGUGCUGCCGCGACGGUUCGCGCGGGCGCUGCUGCACGCCGCCUACACCGACACCGUGGACCUGGCGCUCAUCGGGAGGAACUCCACGUCACCGUCUUCUGCCAACAGCACCGGGAGCGGUACUACGUCGUGGUCCGGAGUGUCCCGGGGCGGGUCGCGGCCGGUGACCGCGGCGACUCUCGACGAUGCCUUCCAACUAUACGAGAUCGCCAGGUUCCUGGAGAUGCCCAUCGUGGUGCAGGGCUGCGAGGACGCCAUCGUGGAGGCGCUGUCGGCCGACACGCUGCCCACCGUGCUGCGCUGGGCCGCCGCCCCCCACGCCAGCCACUGGGUGCACAGACAAGCGAUGCGGUACCUCCGAGACGAGUUCCCAAGCAUCAUGUCUGGUGCGGGAUGCGGGAGAGUGCCGCUGUCGGCUCUCGCGGACGCUCUGGCCUCGCCCUUCCUCCAGGCUAGCGAGACACAGGUGCUGAGGGCUCUGCUGCGGUGGGCCGCAGACCAGCCGGCUGAUCGACGAGAGUCCCCGCUGGCGCUGUGCCGCGCGCAGUCGGUGGGGCGGCGCGGCGCGCGGCGGCGGGACGCGGGGGACGCCGCGCUACGAGACGCGCUGGCGCCGCUCGCGCCGCUGCUGCGCCUCGAGCACCUGCCGCACGACCACGACCUGCUGCACCAGGUGAUUCGUCGAGGCAUAGUCCCAGCGCCAGCAGGUGAAGGCACGGGCUUGGCGGACGCGUGGCUCGCGAGAGGGUCUUACAGACCUCCGAGGUGUUUCUUGCCUUAUCUAGAUGAAAUUAAGGCGCUGUUGGAGGACCAAGCCGUGCCGGAGGCUGAGUUGUCUCGGGCGAGACGAGAGCGGUAUCUCCACAGGAUACCCGACACCCUCUACAUGGUGGCCGCGGCCCGUAACGGCGGGCGCGAGUCGCGCGCGGCGCUGGAGGCGGCGGGGGGCGGCGGUGCGGCGGGUGCGGGGGGCGCGGCGCGCGCGUGCGUGUCCCCGCGCGUGCGCGCCGCGCUCCGAGCACGCGCCCGCCUGCUGCGCGCCGCCCCGCCCGCCGCGCGCGCGCUGCACCUGCACUCCACCGACAAGCUCACCGUCUACAAGCAGAUAGCGUUGCGCGCCGUCCGCGAGAUGUCUCUGCCGGACGCGUGCGCGGACCUGCUGCUGCCCGACCUCGAUACGGACACCGACACCGACAGUGAGGGUGGUGGAUCAAGAGAGCGAGAGACUGAGGAACAAUGGGAACAAGGUUCUGUGGGCGAGGGGGGAGCCCCCCCGGACGAGCGGUGGCGGUGGCCGCUCGACCACCCCGCGAUGGACUGCUGCAGGUCAGACCUGACCAACAAUAGGACGCUGAGCGGCAGCGCGGGCGGGCGCUGUGCGUCGGCCGGCAGCCUGCUGCACCUGCCCAACGACAACUCGCGCGCUGGUACGUGUCGGCGCGAGCUGCCCUCCAGGUCCACGGACGCCACACAGCACAGACAAUCAGCGGCGGAGUGUUCGGUGCGCUGCAGCCAGCAGUCGGCGGCGCGGCUGUCGGCGGCGGUCCCGGACGUGGCCAUGGCGCCCAACGCCAACACGCACCUGCUCACCGCGCGCGACUACUUCCGCCUCACGCCCUGGGAAUACAGUGGAGGUGGAGUGUUACAGCUGGACCUAGGGGACGGAGCUACGCACACUCCUCGACCAGGGUCAAGAGCACAGCGGGCCGGCGUGUCGGCGGGCGCCAGCAGCAGCAGGCAGCCGCGGGACCAGCACACGCAGGCGAUGUCGUGCCUGCGCAGCCGCGCCGACGACGACGAGCUGCGCGCCGCCAUCGAACUCUCCGUCAUUAGAGGUGGGUCACGUGGUAUAUACAUACUAAGUUUAGUGGGCUCGGAUCUUCGGAUACUUGCGGAAAAUCAAUCAAUAAUUAGAAACGAGGAACGGUAUCGGUCCAAGGUGGGACCCCUGUGGCACGCCAGAUGCGACAAGGUGUACCCUAGAGUCGUCUUCUUUUAUUGUCAUAAUAAUGGUGGUCUUUCAGAAAGAUACGAUAGAAAGUAA